AUGCUAAAUGAAACCACUUCACCAUCUUCAUCACCAUCUCCACAAUCCCCACCUUACUAUGACCUCUCAUCUGACACUGAACCUUCUGACCCUCACUCCCUAACUCUGGCUCAGAUCCAACACCGUGCUCUGGCCUCUCAAAAGCCACCACACUCUAACCCUGAACCUGAAGUUACUUCCCCACUUCCAGAAAACCCAAACACAACCACCUCUGAACCUCCACUAUCAGAACCAAUCCACUCUGACUCACAACCAUCUGAACCACCACACUCUGAAAUACCCCAACCCACUACCUCCGCCGACCCAACAACUCCCACACUUAACCUAACCAGAGAAGCUGAGGAGAGGGAAAGACAGGAAGUUGAAGAGAAAGCAAGACAAGAAGAACUUCAGAGAAUCAGAGAACUUGAAGCCAAAGCUCUUGCUGAUGCUGAUGCUGAAGCUGAGGCAAAAGCCAAAGCUGACGCUGAAGAAGCAGCGCGCCUUGCUGAAGAGUCUGCUGCCAAAGCCAGAAAUGAUGCACUGACUCAGGGGGAGUCCUGCAACUCUGGAUUCGUCCCUCUGGUCCUGAAGACUCUUGAAGAGCUGCAGAAAGAACAACAGGUAGUUCGAGCUAGACUGGAUCAACAAGACUCUGUCAAUGUAAACAUUCAGAACAUGCUGUCCCAUCUGCUCCAGAGGAUGCCUCCACCUUCAAACCCUUAG